CAGGAGGUUACAUGUGUGGGUAGCAGUGGAGGUGACACAGGUUACUGAUUGUUCAUGAGUCUGAUUGCAGUUGGGUAGAAACUGUUCCUAAACCUGUAGGUGCGCCUCCGAAUGGACUGACUUAAGUCGCUUCCCAGAUGGAACACGUAGGCUAUACAAAAAGGCUUCGAGAUAACAGCGUUGCAGAUAUUUAAUCGUUUUCUUAUAUUUAAAAAAUAUGGAAAAAACCCUUAAUGGUUUUUUAAGCCUUAUGUUUAAAUACAGAUAGGCGCCCUGUCGUUUUUUGUUCAGAUAUGCUGAACUGUUGUGUCUUAGGUUACACACAUAUCCUUUGUUCAUAAUGUACCAGAGUAACCAGUGGAAUCCCUGAACAGGUAUUGUUAGUUUGCUUUUGAAGUAGUUUACAGUUAUGGGUUGUUAAUCAUCAGUAGACUUAAAGCACGGCGAAACGUGUCCAUUUACUUCCUGAAAAAACGGAUUAACCACUGUUAACAAACACGAGUCUGGUUUUUAUUUGCAUUGUAAAAAAAAGGCUUUCAGAGCAGAAAGAGGAUUGAAGAGGAUUGGUUCAUAUUAAGGGAGUCCGAGUUCUCUGAAGACGGCCAUGCGGCGUGGAGAGAAAGCAGCGUGGCAGAGUGACGCGCAGGGGCGCGAGGAGAGGAGAGUGGAGGCCCGGCUGGCGCAGGGCCAGCGCAGGCUGGACGAGGCGUGUCUGUACCACCUGAACGUGCUGACCAGGGAACAGAGGCGCCUGUGCCGUGAUCUGGGUGCGCUGCACACAGGUAAUUCAUGGAAGAGGAGUGUCUCCGGCUUACAGCCCCGACCUUGGGGGCGUGAUCUCGACCAGCCGGUCUUGUCAUACAAGAGGACUGUGUUACCCAGAAUCCCAUGUGCUACAAGGCUUGACAAACACUGGUCCCAGGAGCAAAAGCCCACGGGCACUGCUGGUAUCUCCUCUGGGCUCCAGGCUCGGAUUCGGGAUUUCGUGGCCGGCGGAGAGCCGCAGGGGCAGUCCUCGGCGGUGCCAGUGUCCCUGCCAGACCUCAGGGGGAGGACUGGGGGUGGGCUCGACGCAAACGAUCCAAGUAAGAAGAGGAUGCAGAGCGAGAGGAAUGUGGACACGGAUGCUGGGACAUGGACGGAGGGUGACGUGACUCGAUCCCCCUCCACCCCACCCCUGGCUCGGCCGUUGGCCCUAGACGGACGAUUAAGAACAGUGCGCACAUUUCCCAGCUUUCCUCAGGCUUUGGCCGAGGCCCGGCAAGCUAGGUACCUCCGGCACCGUGGACAGCCCCUGUCGGAGAGGGAGCUCUCCGUGGGGGAGAUAUUUGGCAGGACCCCCUAUGAUUCCUCAACAUACUAACCCUGAAUGUAUCAGCUUGUCACCUGACCUCACUUUGAGCCUGUGUGACGUCAUGACGCAGUCCCUGACAACAUGUGUCUGCAUGUCACAGAGGCCGCUGAAAGACCGCGUUCCUGGCAGAUAUCGUAUUUAGCGUUUUAAUUCACAUCUUUAUUCCAGUAUCUGGAAGUUACGGCGUCGCCGCCGUAAUUUAGGGUGUAGGCUAUCUCAGGGUGUAUUAUGAGACGUCCAUCUUAAAAUAUUUAAUAAUUCUGACUUCAAGUUAUUAUUUAUUCCUAAUUACACAUUGAAUAGUUACUAUACCAUGACAAUUUAUCUGAGUAAUAAGAUAAAAUUAUAUUAUCACAUUUUACUGUUUGUCGUAGCAUUUGAUCGGUAUUAGACCAUGAAAUAUAAAGCUAUCGUAAGGAAAUUAUUAUAGAUUUAUGUUAAGCUUAACUGAACAUUACUGUAACCCUUUGUAUAUUGUCUUUUUUUAAGUUUUUAAAAACAUGAUUCUACGCCAAUUUCGAUACACUGUGUUAAACCUUAG